CGGGUCAGUAUCGCAUGAGCGGGAUUGGAGAGCAGAGGCUGCUGAAAAUUGUAUGGGAGGCGAAGUGGGCAAACAAAAAGUGGGGUAGACAACCCACGGAAUGGGUCAAGGUUGUAGAGGACGUAUGGAAGGGGCUCGACAUCGACGAAGAUGAAACGCUGGAAACGGAGGGUCUACAGGGGUUCAAGGAGAAGAUAUCUGUUGCUUGUGCCGAAAAAGAAGAACAGAAUCUAAAGAAAGAAACCAAGGAUAACGAGGGUCUAGAAGAGUACGGAAUGUUGAAGGAAGGAAUAGGGUUCAAGGA